CCGGAGCGAACCAGAAUGGCCGAGACGGACCCCAAGACCGUGCAGGACCUCACCGCCGUGGUGCAAACCCUGUUGCAGCAGAUGCAGGACAAAUUUCAAACCAUGUCUGACCAGAUCAUUGGCAGGAAUAUCGACAUGAGCUGUCGCAUCGAUGACCUGGAGAAGAACAUAGCGGAUCUCAUGACUCAGGCCGGGGUCGAGGAGCUGGAAGGCGAGAGCAAGACCUCGGCGAACAAGACUUCAACUUGCCAGUAAUCUUGGAUGAGUGCCGGAAAGAGAAAUUUUUACAAGCUUACAGGGAUUUCAAGAUGGCGUUUGUUUGGCUUUGAUUUUUCAGCUACUCUGUGUAAAAGCAUUUUUCUACAGCUGUAGAAUAUGCAUUCUUAACAUACCUUGUAUAGCUAGAUUUGGAACUGUUUCUAU